AUUAGGACAAGUGUGAGUUUUGUGUGCGCGCGUGCUAAAGGGCGGAACUAAAGAUCGCGCGACGGUGUUUCUGAGGGGAAACAUUGAGUGCAGCACCAGUAGAGUGUUUACAUUUAACCUUCUGCAGUUACAGAACAUCUAAGAGAAGGACAAUAACCUGAUGCCCAUCUUUGAGACCUUCGAUGAGGAAGAGGAGGAGGACGACGAAGACGAGGAGGACAUGGACGACAUGAACAUCUACAACGAGUUUCCUGAUGAUGGAGAAAUUAAUGAGGUCGACAUGGAAGGAGCCGAUCAAGACCAGGGUCAGUGGAUGAUCGAGACCAGAUCAAGACCAGGACCAGUGGAUGAUCUAGACCAGAUCAAGACCAGGACCAGUGGAUGAUCUAGACCAGAUCAAGACCAGGACCAGUGGAUG